AUGCAUGGUGAUGACGACAUGGGAGACCACUAUGAUAAAAGUAGACAUGUUGUAAAAAAUCUUCACAUGGGAGACCACAAAGAACUUGGUGCAGGAACUGGAUUGUUUACUAGGAAAAUAUUGGAUCAGUUAAAGAAGGAUAUGCCAAACAUACAAUAUUUAGCAACAGAGCCAUUGAAAGAAUUUUUAUCAGUAUUGAAACAGCGCUCACCUAGUGUCGAUUCCCUUAUCUGUUCAGCCACAAAGUUACCCUUUCUCGAAAAUUCAGUACAGAAUAUUAUUUGUGCUCAAAGCUUUCACUGGUUUGCAAACAAAGAAAGUUUGACGGAAAUACAUAAAGUUCUUGUUCCUGGAGGUAGAUUAUGUUUGGUAUGGAAUGAUAAAGACUCGACAGAAAAAUGGGUAAAGAAGAUGGAAGGUGAUAUUGUAACACAGUAUUAUAAUGACGACACACCACGGAAGAAGAAUGAGACAUGGAUUAACGUGUUUGAUGAUUGUUCAUUAUUUAGAUUUGUAGAACGUCGGAUACUACCAGGUUUUAAGGGUAUGAAGGGUGACAAAGAUUUUGUGCUCAAUCAUUUCAUGUCAAUCAGUGUAAUCGCGAGGCUGGACCCUCCCAGAAAAGAGGAGGCGAUGAGAAAAUUACGAGCUGUGCUUGACGAAACAUUUACAGAUGAUGAAGAUAUAACUAUUCCUUUUAUAUCUGAUUUUUAUUGUACCGAGAAAGUUUAA